AUGAUGUCUACACGGAAUGUUGAGCAAAAAGUGUUUGCUCAACUCAUAGUCACAGCUAUAUUCUAUGGAUUGAUUUCCAUUUUUUACGAAAUUGCUGUGAACAUGAACGUUUCAAAAGAAUCAAUGGAAAAAAUAAUUGAAGUUUUAACAGUUGUGAAUAUUAUAAAUUAUCUUCCUGAAAUCUCACUUCCUUUAAUGCUCAUGCUAUCAACUAUCAAAUUUGCAAGAAAACCAAAACAAAAUAUUGUUGUGGAUGUUUUGAAAACCAGUACAAGUGUUUAA